GUUUCGUCAAGAAAUCGCUCAGUCAUUUAUUCUGCUCCUUCUGAAAAUUUUUAUUCGUUCAGUUCUUCUGGAAACGAAAGGAAUAAAAUAAUUCUCGCAUUUCAAAAUUUCCAAAGUAGAAAUUGUUGGGGGGGAGAGAAAGUUUGUAGCUUUUUGAAGAGUCGACAAAAGAGGAGGAGGAAAAAGUAUCUUUGUUGUCGUCCGCAUUUUGAUAAAGAUAUUUAAAUUCUAACUAUUUCUAACCAAACGUUUUACCGUCUUUGAUUGUCUGUCUGUCUGUGAUUGUUUGAGUAAAUAAAGACUUACAGCAUGGCCGAUAAGGACAAGGAUCUGGCCACGGCCAUUUUGAAGAAGAAGGAUAAACCGAAUCGGCUUAUUGUGGAUGAGGCCCCGUCAGAUGAUAACUCCGUGGUGGCUUUGUCGCAGGCGAAAAUGGACGAGUUGGAUAUUUUCCGAGGUGAUACAGUCCUCCUGAAAGGGAAACGUCGCCGAGAAACGGUCUGCAUCGUCUUGUCGGAUGAUAAAUGUCCAAACGAUAAGAUUCUGAUGAAUCGUGUGAUUCGUAAUAAUCUCCGCGUCCGAUUGGGUGAUGUCGUCUCGAUCCAGUCCUGCCCCGAUGUUCAGUACGGCAAAAGGGUGCACAUUCUUCCCAUCGAUGACACUGUGGAAGGUCUUGUUGGGAAUUUGUUUGAAGUUUACUUGAAGCCUUACUUUCUUGAGGCGUAUCGUCCCAUUCAUAAGGGAGACGUCUUCACGGCGAGAGGCGCGAUGCGAACCGUAGAGUUUAAGGUGGUCGAGACCGAUCCGGCCCCAUUCUGCAUUGUCGCACCGGACACGGUCAUCCAUUGUGAGGGAGAUCCAGUCAAGCGUGAAGAAGAGGAAGAAGCGUUGAACGCCGUUGGGUAUGAUGACAUCGGAGGUUGCCGAAAACAACUGGCCCAGAUCAAGGAGAUGGUUGAGCUUCCACUUAGGCAUCCAAGUCUGUUUAAAGCCAUCGGAGUGAAGCCUCCGAGAGGAAUUUUGCUUUAUGGACCUCCUGGAACUGGAAAGACACUGAUCGCUCGUGCCGUGGCGAAUGAAACUGGAGCGUUCUUCUUCCUAAUUAACGGACCCGAAAUUAUGAGCAAGUUGGCUGGCGAGUCUGAAUCCAAUUUGAGGAAAGCGUUUGAAGAAGCGGAGAAAAAUUCGCCUUCAAUAAUCUUUAUUGAUGAGCUGGAUGCUAUUGCUCCGAAGCGAGAGAAGACUCAUGGGGAAGUUGAGCGACGCAUCGUGUCUCAACUCUUGACUUUAAUGGACGGUCUGAAACAACGUUCUCACGUUAUUGUGAUGGCAGCGACCAAUCGGCCAAAUUCGAUCGACCCGGCCCUCCGUCGUUUCGGGCGAUUCGAUAGAGAAAUUGACAUCGGUAUUCCAGAUGCAACCGGACGUCUUGAAGUUCUUCGAAUUCACACCAAGAACAUGAAACUUCACGACGACGUGGACUUGGAGAAAGUCGCAGCUGAGAGUCACGGUCACGUCGGAGCGGAUUUGGCUGCGCUCUGCUCAGAGGCUGCACUUCAACAAAUUCGUGAAAAGAUGGAUCUUAUCGAUCUGGAGGAUGACCAGAUUGAUGCCGAAGUGUUGAAUUCUUUGGCUGUGACGAUGGAUAACUUUCGGUACGCUAUGGGAAAAAGCAGUCCCAGCGCUCUGCGAGAAACUGUGGUUGAAGUGCCCAACGUUUCAUGGACUGACAUCGGAGGUCUUGAAGGUGUCAAGAAGGAGCUUCAAGAGUUGGUGCAAUAUCCGGUCGAGUAUCCUGAUAAAUUUCUCAAGUUUGGCAUGCAGCCUUCCAAAGGAGUUCUCUUUUACGGGCCACCAGGUUGCGGUAAAACUUUACUGGCUAAAGCGAUCGCUAACGAGUGCCAGGCUAACUUUAUCUCCAUCAAAGGACCAGAAUUAUUGACCAUGUGGUUUGGUGAGUCUGAGGCUAACGUUCGUGAUGUGUUCGACAAGGCCCGUGCUGCUGCACCUUGUGUACUUUUCUUUGAUGAGUUGGACUCAAUAGCCAAGGCUCGUGGAGGAAACGUUGGUGAUGCUGGUGGUGCAUCGGACCGUGUCAUCAACCAAGUCCUUACAGAGAUGGACGGUAUGGGAGCCAAGAAGAACGUUUUCAUCAUUGGGGCUACGAAUCGUCCAGACAUCAUUGAUCCGGCCAUCUUGCGUCCAGGUCGAUUAGAUCAACUGAUCUAUAUUCCUCUGCCAGAUGAAGGGUCUCGGGCCAACAUUUUCAAGGCCAAUUUGAGGAAGUCUCCCAUUGGCAAAGAUGUAGAUUUGCCCUACUUGGCCAAGGUUACUCAUGGAUUCUCUGGUGCCGAUCUUACCGAGAUUUGUCAGCGAGCCUGUAAACUCGCCAUUCGACAGUCCAUUGAGGAGGAGGUUCGAAGGGAGAAAGCUCGGGCUCAAAAUCCCGACGCCGUCAUGGAUAUGGACGAAGAAGAUCCCGUCCCAGAAAUCACAAAAGCUCAUUUUGAGGAAGCCAUGAAAUUCGCUCGUCGCUCCGUCUCCGACAACGAUAUUCGCAAAUACGAGAUGUUUGCCCAGACACUGCAACAAUCUCGUGGAUUUGGAAAUAACUUCAGAUUCCCAGCUGGCAAUCCACCCGCCGGAAAUCCGAGUCAAGGUGGAGGCGGAGGAGGUUCAGGUCAAAACUUCCCAGAAGAGGAAGACGAUCUUUACAGCUAAACUAUUCACCACACCACCCCGAUCACCCCACACUACUACGACUCUCAUAAAUUUUACUAACUCCGAGUUUUUUAAGAUCAUUGGAGCAACUACAACUCUGCAUCGUCGCUGUUACAUACUGUUUUCCAUUUUUACAUUUACAAAAUCUUAUCUAGCUCUCCUCCACACUCCUCCAAAUUCACAAUGUUAUUAUUUGCUACGCACAAAUUUGUUCUAAAUUCCAAAUCUGAUAAGUGAACUUGCAACUAUUUAUACAAAUAUCAACAAUUUGGGAAAAGUAAAAUCAGGAAUGAAAUGAAAAUGAAACGUGAUGAUGGAAUUACAAUAGAAUUAGAAGUAACAAGGUUAAUAAUUAAUGAUGAUAUAAUUAAUUGAUAAUGCUCUGCGGCAAGUUACUAGUUUUAGAGAUGAAUAAAAUUGUAAAAACCAACAAACACAGUAUCAUAAGUUAUAACAUGAAAACACGAUGUAGGCAUAGGAAAUAAGUAAAUAGAUUCUUUUGGUGUCGAUUUUGAAUAAAUUAUAUGAUUAGGA